AAGAGAAAAAAAGAGAGAGAGAGAGAGAGCAACACAGAGAGAGAGAGACACAGAGAGACAGAGAGAGACACAGUGUUCGGUUGAUUGUGUAGAGACCAACAGCAAAGCUACAGUAACAAAAGUGAAUGUUUGGUGGAAAAAAGUAAAAGCUGAUCAGGAAAUUUCACUUCUUCAUAUUACGAAGCCUGACUUCUGCAGUUGCAUAGCACUGGAAUUCCCAGUCAUAGCUUCACAUUACGAAGGUGUUUUUGAUUGCAUAUAAAUAUCACCUCGUUCUCAACCCCUUGUCCCUCCUUCCUGCUGCUCCACCCCCAGGUACACGGUACGGAAUAUCCAAGGCCCUUCUCUCACCCUAGACUACCAAGAUGAAUGCCAGCCUGUCUAACUCCACGGAGCAGAAGUGCGUGCGGGACACCAGUGUGACUGCCGUGCUGUUUCCAUGCCUCUACAGCGCCCUCUUCCUGGUGGCGCUGGUACUGAACUGCCUGGCAGCCUGGAUCUUCUUCAACAUCCCCAGCACCUCCACUUUCGUGGUCUACCUGAAGAACGUGGUGGUGGCAGACCUGCUGAUGACGCUGACCAUCGCAGUGAAGGUCCUUAGCGACGCCGGGGUGGGGUCCUGGCGUCUGAGAGCCUUCCACUGUCGCUACUCUGCUGUGCUCUUCUACAGCACCAUGUACAUCAGCAUCCUGCUGCUGGGCCUCAUCAGCCUGGACCGCUACCUGAAGAUCGUGAGGCCCUUUGGGAAGAGCGCCCUCCAGAGGGUGGGGGUGGGACAGGCGCUGUGCACGGCAGUCUGGGUGGUCGUCACGGCGCUGGCGUUGCCCAACGUUGUCCUUAGCAACCGGGCGCCUGUCCCCUCUGGGGGCGUGUUGAAGUGCUCCUCUCUGAAGGAAGAGGCGGGGCUACGAUGGCACGAGGGCUUUAACUACUUCUGUCAGGUACUUUUCUGGGGCACCCUGCUGGAGAUGGUGUUGUGCUACAGCUUCAUCAGCAGGAAGGUGUACCAGUCCUACAAGGCCUCUCGCAGCAGCAGCAAGGCAGCGGGACGCCACACCAAGGCCAAGGUAUUCGUGGUGGUGGGCGUGUUCUUCCUCUGCUUCGCCCCGUUCCACUUCGUCCGCGUGCCGUACACCCUGACGCAGACCCGUAACCUCGGCAACCCCUGCCGGGCGAAGAAUGCCCUCUACGUUGCCAAGGAGAUGGCCCUGUGGCUGUCUGCCACCAACGUGUGCCUGGACCCGCUCAUCUACGUCUUCCUGUGUCGGGCUUUCCGCAGGAAGCUGACCGCCGCGCUCGGACGCAAGCUCUGCCCACGGGACGGGGGAGAGUCUCCCACGGCAACAUCCACUCAGCUGGAGAUGUCGCACGUUGCCCCCAGCAACAGGAUGUUGGAGGUCAUAUCAUCCCAGCGGCACGACAAUCAGUGACGCUUGCGUUUUUCACUUCCUACUUGAACUUCCUUGUUGAACUGUGACCUGAUCUGACCUUCUGCCAGCUAUUUCUCCACCAACCAUGCUUUGGCCUGACUCCUGGCACAGCCAAUGAGAACAGACAUGGUCCUAACAGAACGCUAUGCUUCUGUUUCUUAAAGCAAAGUGCAGAGUAAUAUGUCUUGCAUAAGGAUUUUUGUUAGUAAUUCUGUUAUACGGUGAGACCAUAACAAGCUACUGUAACAGGAGAACCACCUCUAACCGGAAACAUGUAGCAUCCAAAAAGUUCUAGAAAAUCACUUGAAUCAUAGAGAAAAUGUGAUAUGAGAAUAUGCAGCUAGUAGUAGUAGCUGGGGAACUAGAGGUGUGACUUGUAACUAUGUAAAUAUACACAGAAAAGACCAUGUUAUACUGUAAUAUUAUAAA